AUCUGCAUAACAACGAAUUUAAAGUAGGAAGAUCCCAAAGAUGUGAUGUAGUUAUAGAAAGAAUGAACAUAAAUCAAAAUAUAAAGAAUAUUUUCAGUAAAGAGCACUUUGUAAUUUACAAAGACCCUGACAAUGCCUUGGCUUUUAUAAGAGAUCUCAGCAAAUCUGGUACUUAUCUUAAUGGACAUCUGAUUGGAAAAAAUAAUACGAAUGUUUUGCAAAAUGAUGACGUGAUUGCUGUUGGUUUAAAUAAACGAAAAGUUUUUGUAUACAAAUGCAUGUAUUCGCAAGAUAUGAAUUAUUUACCAUUCGAAUUGAAACAAAAGUAUGAACCUUCUACACUACUUGGACGUGGUGCAGCUGGGGAAGUGAGACUUGCUCUGGAAAAGUUUACUUGUAAAAUGGUGGCCAUCAAAAAAAUUAUGAAGUCUAGAAGUACAUUAUCGCAAAUACACAAGCUAACUCAUCCCAGUAAAAUCAAGACUGAAAUCAGCAUUCUGCAAACCCUAAAGCAUCCGUGUGUUAUAAAUAUGGAAGACAUUGUUGAAACUCCUGAAGAGGUAUACAUAGUUCUGGAUUAUAUGAAAGGAGGUGAAUUGACCAACAGAAUUUUGUCCAAUACCCCAUUGAGUGAAUCCAAUGUAAAAUUUCUAUUUUAUCAAAUGGUUUUAGCGGUGCAAUUCCUUCACGGUAAAGGUAUAACGCAUCGGGAUUUGAAGCCUGAAAACGUUCUAUUAUUUUCAGAAGAAAUAGAGACUCUGGUUAAAGUAUCAGAUUUUGGACUAAGUAAAGUAACUGAAGGUGAUGACAUGAUGACAACCAUUUGCGGUACCAUGAACUAUAUAGCUCCAGAAAUACUUGACAAUCGUAUCCCUGAAUAUAAUAAACAGGUUGAUGUAUGGAGCUUAGGGGUUAUAUUAUUUUACAUGCUUUCCAAAAGACUCCCUUUCCAGAGUUCUGAUAGAACAGUUCAUCAGAAACUGAUUAUAUCUGGUUGUUAUAUGAUGGAAAAAGAAAGUUGGGACGGCAUAUCAGCUAGCGCAAAAGAUCUUGUUGAAAAAAUGCUUAAUGUCAAACCGCAAAAAAGAAUCUGUAUUCAAGAUGUACUGAAGCACUCAUGGCUUGAAAGU